GCGCGCAGAGGACCAGCAGCCGGCGUCUCUCCUCAACCACCGACAAGGACCAGAGGUGACUUACAUGUGCAGAAUGAACACCUGCCAGACGAUAAACUAAAGGCCUUGGAUGAUACCUGAUCUCCUUUGAUUGUCGUACUAACACCAGGUGCUAUGGAUCGAGUGGGAAAAGCCCUGCUGAGGUGCACGUUGCUUGUUCUCUACCUGGGCGUCUGCUUGUGUCAGCGUGACUGUACCGGCGUGGAAUGUCCCGUCCUGGACAACUGUAUUGAAGAAGUGCUGGAGGGGGGCGCUUGCUGCGCUUCAUGCUUACAAAAAGGAUGUGCAUGCGAGGGCUACCAGUACUAUGACUGCAUCAAUGCUGGAUUUAAGAACGGCAAGGUGCCUGAAGGAGAGUCUUACUUUGUUGACUACGGCAGCACGGAGUGCUCCUGUCCUGCAGGAGGGGGGCGGAUCAGCUGCCACUUCAUCAGCUGUCCUGAUUUGCCACCAAACUGCAUCGAGGUUUUGGAGCCUGCAGACGGCUGCAUGCAGUGUGAACGCAUUGGAUGUGCUCAUGGCGGGCAAAAGUAUGAGGCCGGACACUCCUUCCAUAUUGACCCUUGCAGGGUCUGCCACUGCCCUAAUGAGGGAGGGAACCUAAUGUGCUACCCUGUACCUGACUGUGAUCCCCAGAAAGUCCAUAAACCCAUGUUAGCUGCACCAACGGGAGAAAACACAGCCAUCGGGCCUGAUAGUUACCCCUACAGGUUUGACCAACAAGGCCACAUGGAUCAGUUCUCAACACCUUAUCACCCUCCUCCUAAUGGGAAUCUUCCUCUCUUCAAAUUGUCCCCACUUGAUAAGGAGGAGCCGGAAGACUAUGAUUACGGUCCGACAGACUUUCCAGAGACCUACCCACAAUCUUUGAUCUUCCCCACCCAGUCCUCCUCCUCUUCCUCCUCCUCGAAGGUUGCAUUUGGGUCCCGAGGCGCUGCCAGACCUGACAGAACCUCUUCCCUUAAGAGCUUUGACAGACGAGGCAAGCUGGAGCUGAGAGAGCAAUAUGGAGUUCAUGACCAUCCUGCAGACAAAGAGGAAGUGACAGAGAGUCCCCUGAGAGUGAAGCAGGGUACUGUCAGGCCACAUAUGUAUGCCACUACUUCCUGGCAGCCCUCACAGGGUUUAACAAGUGCUCAGAGUGUCUCGUUCGGUGAUUUGAGUCCACAGACUGAUCUAGAGAACCCAUUGCACGCACACAGGAGUUUGGAUAGUGUCAUAUUUCCGUUAAACCAAGGAAUAGCAAGUGAGAAACACCCAGAGUACCCACAUGUGAGUUCAGAAAGUGCUAUUUAUCAUCAGAGAGGUGCUGAGACUAAAGCACAUCACCAAAAUGCAUCAGAUAGUGUCACACCAAGAGGUUCAAACCAGGAGAUCAAAGUUAGUCAUCCGGUGAGAGGUACAGAGACGCAAACCAAUCAGGAAAGAGGACCAGAUAGAGUAACUUUUCCCCUCUACAUGCUGAGAAGCACAGAGAGUCCAAUCCACCCCGAGGCAAGUACAAACGGUCAAGAGGAAUUACAGGGGGCAGUCACGCCGGAUGAUGAGGAAAGGUUGAAUGAAGAUGAAACAGACGAGGAGAUGGAGGAAGAAAUAGCAACUUUUCAAAGUGUCACUGGGCCUGAAGGAGAGGAUGUGCCUUACAAGAUCAAGUCAGCACAACAAGAGAGGAGCCACGAGGACUCGGAGAGCAAAGAUUCGACCAACAGCUACGAUAAAAAGACGUCUGGGCCCAGCACUGAUUUCCCACGGAGGCCUGAGCACCACACAACCCCAAUGGUGCAGGUUACCACCACCACCACUACCACCACUACCACCACCACGCAGCCACCACUGAGGGUCAACCUGGAUGAGAGUCAUCGAGGGGCAAAUCCAGGCCAGAGGCUGUUAAACCUUCACGGUGACGGAGGAGGGGAGGUGCAGGAAGAGGUGACGACAACAGAGGAGGAAAGGGGUCCGGUUUUAUUCGUCAAACCUGAGACAGGUCCAGGUGUCUCUGCUGAAGACCCGCUGCAGGCAUGCUGUGCUGCUGGCCAGAAAUGGGCCGCCAAAAACCGUCACUGCAACCACAUGCCUCCGCUGAACAAUGAAAAGCACUCGGUUUGCAGUGUUGCACAGAAGCAGUGCUGCCUCAGCUCCGUGAAGGAGAGCCAGUGUGAAUCAGGGGUGACCUCAGCCAGAGUGGGGGACACCUGUGAAGUGGAUGAGGAGGACUCAUGCACAGAUGACUCCUACCAGGUGUGCUGCAGCUGCUGUGCGCUUGGCUUGCUGGUGCGCAGCGAAGGACAGGGUUGCGAUGCCCACCAGCACCUGGGCUACCCGUGUGGACACGUCUUCCUCACCUGCUGCGAGGAAGAGGACGGCCUGAGCCAGAUCCCGCUGAGGAGAAAGCAGAAGCCCAGGCCAACUGUCCUGCCCAGAAAAGUGCUUCCAGUCUCAGAGAGAAAGUUCCCCAAGGAGGCCUUCUCCAUCAGUGCCACAUACGAAGCUGCCAAUGCAGUGGAGGAGCAGGAGGACGUGGAUGAGUGCCAGCUCUACCAUGGCCAGCUGUGCCAGCAUACAUGCACCAACAUAUGGGGCUCGUACCGCUGUGGCUGCCACCAGGGCUACAUUCUCCAGCAGGACGGGCACUCCUGUGCACCAGUGAGUCCUGAAGAGGACAACCGAGUCAAAGAGGUGGACAGUCCCGCUGUGAGCCUGACACCAACCACCACCACCACCACUACAACCAGUGCAACCAGUACAACCACCACCACCAGGCCUGCCCGCCUCGAUCCGUGUGCAGAAAACGGAGGCUGCAGUCAGCAGUGUACGGCGGUGGCAGGCCGAGCUCGCUGCUCCUGCUUCCCAGGCUUCUCGCUGAUGACCGAUGGACGCAUGUGUGAAGAUGUGGACGAGUGCGCGACCAACACCCACAGCUGUCGGCCAAGUAAGCGCUGUGUGAACACCGUGGGCUCAUUUGUAUGCGAGCUGCAGGUCACUUGUCCUGCAGGAUACCAGCUGAGGAACAGUGUUUGUGCGGAUGUUGAUGAAUGCCUGGUGGGAACCCACAACUGUGGUAUGGGCUUCGUGUGCGAGAACACAGUGGGCUCCUUCAUGUGUAAACCCAAACAGAAGUGCAUCAGCGGCUUCACACAGGACUCUCACGGCAACUGUAUCGACAUAAAUGAGUGCAGCAGCCUGAAUGAGCCGUGCAGCUCAGGUUUUAACUGCAUCAACACAGUGGGCUCCUACACAUGCCAGCAGAAGAUCAAGAAGUGCAGCCACGGUUACCACGCCAGCCCCGACGGAGCCAAGUGUGUCGACAUUGAUGAGUGUCAAAUGGGGACGCACCGCUGCGGAGUGGGCCAGAUCUGUCACAACCUCCCUGGCAGCUACCGCUGUGACUGUCAGACAGGCUACCAGUAUGACGCCCUGCGCAAAGUCUGCGCUGAUAUUGACGAGUGCACCCAGAGCAUCGGGAACCUCUGCGCCUUCAAGUGCGUUAACGUCGCGGGCAGCUACCAGUGCGCCUGUCCUCCUCACGGAUACGUCAUGUCGGCCAACGGACACACCUGCAGAGAUGUUGACGAGUGCACAACUGGCGCUCACAACUGCUCUUUCGGACAGAACUGCUUUAACCUGCAGGGAAGCUUCAGGUGUCUCUCCUUCGACUGUCCUCCCAACUACAAGAAGGUGUCCGACAUACGCUGCGAGCGGAUCAGUUGCCCCCCAAACUCCCUGGACUGUCAGAACUCCCCCCAGCGGAUCACCUACUACCAGCUCAGCUUCCAGACCAACAUCGUCAUCCCGGCCCAGAUCUUCCGAAUCGGACCGUCCCCGGCCUACUCCGGCGACCACAUCGUCAUCAGCGUCACCAAGGGUAACGAGGAGGGCUACUUCAGCACCCGUAAGCUCAACAGCUUCACCGGCGCCGUCUACCUGCAGAGACAAGUCCGCCAGCCCAAAGACUUCCAGAUAGACGUGGAGAUGAAGCUGCUGAGGCAGGGCGCGUUCACCUCGUUCCUGGCCAGGAUCUACGUCUUCAUCACCUCCGGCGCCAUGUAACGGACACAUAGAGACAGAGACUAGACAUUUCAUAUGGUGCUAAAAGUUCAUGUGUGCACACUUUUGUAUUGCCUCUCCGUUUCCAAGCAUGAUUCAAGAAUCUUGUAGAAUGUUGCCAAAGAUUUAACUGUUCUUUUUUUUUGUUGUUUAUUUUGUCUUUGGUAGGUUUUCUGCAGAGUUUCAAUGACAAUCAUAUUUACUGAAAAAACCUGUAUUUGUAUGUACCAAGAUAUUUUUCAGCUUGUUAAUGUAAUUUAGCUUUUAUGCCCCGGUGUUGUCUUUAAACACAAGUCUGGUUUGUGCUCUUCGAAACUCCUCUUUCUUUGAUCCAACUACAAAAAAAACAAUCAUUUUCAUUGCAUUUAGUACUAAAGAAGCAAAUAAAACUUUGCAGCACUGGAAGUUAACUUUUCAUUUGUCAGUUAUGAGGCCCAAAACUGACAAAAUGUAGUAAAAGCUUUUAUAUCAUAAAUUAUAUUAUUAGCUAAACAAUUCAAAUGAUAAAAACGAAUUUAAAUAUUUUAAUUUCCAAUCAGUUAGUUAGAAAAAAAGCAUAUUUAAUUUUUUUCCCUCCACUACAAAUAAGCUGAUAAUUCCAUUUGUAGUCAUUUACUUUGCUUUUACAGUUUUAAAACAUCUUUUAUUUUAGUCUGCUUUGUGUUGCUCUUCACACAGUUUAACUCAUUAUUGUAUUCAUUGCAUUUAUUCAUUUCCAUGCGUUUAUGUGAUAAUGAGAUGGGUGCGUUUAGGGUCAAAUGUAUAGAAUUUCUUCCCCUUUUUUUAACGUUUAAUAAAUUCUUUUUAAAUUUAAUACAAAACAAUGUAUUUUAUUUUCCCAACUGUUUGGAGGUGAAAGGAUAAUUCCAGUUUAUUUGAAGUGAACAGACCAAACUAAUCACCAUUCAUCCAUGCACAACAGUUUGUCUAUUAGGGGAACCAUCCAAGGCAAAUAUAAGUCUGAACAUUUGUUUUCACUGUUCCUUAGGUGAUGCAACCAACUGCAUCAUUUGUUGAUGUAUUCACGUCUGUUUUUUUAUUUAUUUUUUGUCAGUUUUGGACCUCCAAAUCCCCACCAGAUUUCCGCACGUAGUCACCAAAAACCAGCAGACGAUCCUUCCUAUAGCGUAUUGUGUUCAGCCUUUGGUGUAUAUUAUUCUUUUUUUCAGAAGAUGUGAUCUGAUGAACAGAAGUGUUGAAAAUUCAGUGUUCAACAGUCAGAAAUGGUGAAUUCCAGCACUGAGACUGUUAUUGUAGAGGACGUUACUGUUGAUUGUUUGUUAUACACUUCUCUUUUAUUACAUUACUUUCUAUGUAACUGUUUUGUAAUUAUCUCAGGGUAAAAAAAAAAAAAAAAAAAAAGAAAUCACAGUAGACAAUUUCCUGUGUGCAGGAAUGAAUCGGUCUGCUGCCGUAACUGCAGACUGGCCUCCCGGAGCAUGUACAGUCUUGUAUCUACAAACCAAUAAAUGAGGAUCAAACUGUUGUCGUUUGCUCAA